AUGAUGACUGAGCGUCAACAUUUGAAUGGUUACCCCGGUUCAGUCCCUCCUCCACAAUAUACAUUUGGACAACCGGGUACCAGUACUGCAAAUGUUGGGCCAGUUUAUGGGUCAAAACAGGGUGUUCAACAAAACGGAUUCGAAGACAUUCCAGAUAUAGAAGCUUACGAAAGAAGCUUACGUGGGGAAGCUACUACUUUCCCACUUUCGCUAGCUUCUAGUACUCCACAAGUUAUCGAUGAUCAGACCCCGCUGAUGUCACCAGUGAGCACAUCCACAAAAGUCGUGAAUAGGAACGGCGUUAAAGUGGAGCAGAUGUCUCCGUUUCUAGACCCAGAAUGUAACGAGGAGGAACCGGAAGAAGGAGUGUCUUAUCCGGAUCCAGAUCUCUUCGAUACCAAAAACACAAUAAUGACGGAACACGAUUUGGAUGUGUUAAAGUAUGGAAAGAACAACCCCGAGGAGUACAGGAAAAAAUUAGAUGUACCGGAUGCUAGUUCUCCGCCUAAUAAAAUAGUGGAAUUUUUAAUGUAUAAUAGAACGCUAAAAGAAAAUGAGCUACAACAAAUCAAUGCAUACCGAACGAAGCGGAACAGAUUAUCUCUUAACUUGGUCAGGCUCAAUCCAGAUAGAGAGUUCGAUCAAAAAGCAUGUGAAUCUCUUGUCAAGAAACUAAAGGACAAAAAACACGAUCUCCAGAAUCUUAUCGACGUGGUACAUACAAAAGGCACAAAAUACACUGGUUGCAUAACAAUUCCAAGAACGCUUGACGGACGGUUACAGGUUCAUGGACGGAAAGGAUUCCCACACGUUGUUUAUGGGAAACUGUGGAGAUUCUCGGAGAUGACGAAAAACGAAACGCGUCACGUUGAUCAUUGCAAGCACGCGUUUGAAAUGAAAACUGAUGCGGUAUGUGUGAAUCCUUAUCACUAUGAAAUAGUGAUAGGAACUAUGAUAGUUGGACAGCGAGAGAGUCACGACAGCAGAGAGAUGUCAUCAACACACACCCCUAGUCAACGGUACCAUCCAAACGGGCGUCCUUCGGCAGAUGAAAUGUCUCGAAUGAAUAUAAGGCCACCAACAUUGCCACCAACGAUCCCGCAACAUCCAAUUCCAUCGCUCCCGAUGAAUCCACAGCAUCCUCAAAUGCCUCCUGUUCAGCAUCACAUGCCACCACACAAUUCGAUUCCUGUCCAUCAGAUCCAGCCACACCAGUUGCCUCCUACCCAGUAUAAUCAUCAUAUGCCGCAACAAAUUCAACAACACCUUCCCUCAAUUCCACAACACCAUCAAGUGCCACAACUUCAUCAGAUGCAGCAACAUCAUCAGAUUCCACAUUCAAUGACUCCACAUCCGACAGCACAACAAACAAUGCAACCAAUUUACCAUGAUUUGAGCAAUGGGACCAUUCAACAUCAUCAAAUGCAGCAACCCAUGACAUCAGUUAGCCAGAUGGAUCACAUGAACCCAAUGAACUCAAUGAUUCCUCUGACUCCGAUGACGCCGUCAAGUAUUGGAUCUGCAAUGCCUCCUCAUAGUGUCGCUACAAGCUAUGCCUACGAGCACCCACCUCCAUAUUCGGUUGCUAUGAAUGGCCAUUACGACCCCAUGGCGCAGUUUUCCGCGAGUCAUAUGCCAUCGAUCACUCCGGAUCCCUCGAUGUCGCACACUCCUUUUCCACAACAUCCAACAAACUACCAUUUUCCCAUGGACAUCCCUUCCACUUCUGGGGCGAAUCAUCACUUUCCUUCGCAAGCACAUCCGCCCCCUAACCAGGAUCAAGAAAUGUACCAAGAUCCUGAUGGGAAUAUUUGGCCUCCUGAUUUUUUCCAAGUUUACAAUUUGCAAGCUUUUCGUCCAGAUGAUCAAGUCGCUCAAGAGACAAACCAACCUUUGCCAGCCGAUUGGACACCCAGGUUCUUUAUUCCAUUGAGCAAGUUCAGAACGUACUGUAGAGAGACAUUCACUGAACGGUUCUUCGAUGCGUCAGAGGAAGAUGCAAGACCUGAUGAAUCGUCCAAUCCAAAUUUUGUUCGGAUGGUCGAUAAAGACAUUCUGGGUGUUGGAAGCUACAAAUACAGGCCGUUACCACGAGGAGAGGAAGCUGUUGAAGACGAAGACGAAGACCGUCCAGCUGCAGAGGCACCGUACUCCGACUUGGCCAACUUUGUCGUGAAAGUAACCCACGAAUCGCUGUGUAUGUCUGGAAAAGAGCCGCCGGUCGCACCAGAUGUUCGUUGGGGAGUUGUUAGCUACUACGAAGAGGGAGAUUGCUACAUCGAGAGAGAAUGCUACAGAGGAAACUUCCAUAUAGAUAGCGGAUUCAUCAUCUCGGAACAACGGCUGAGCCUCGGUCUCAUUCAAAACCCAUCCAGAAGUACAAUGGCAUUCAAAAUUCGUAAAGCAAUGAUUGAUGGAAUCCGCUUCUCAUACAAGACCGAUGGAAGUGUUUGGCUCCAAAACAACAUGAGACUCCCAAUCUUCGUCACUUCUGGUUAUCUUGAUGAUCAAUGUCCAGGCAUUCGAGUCAACAAAGUUCAUAAACUCUAUGGACAUGCUAAAGUCAAAGUAUUCGGCUUUACAAGAGUAAAGCAGAUUAUCAGAGACCGAUUGUACUCGAAACAAAUGGCCAGAUUAUACUUGCAACAAAACGGCAACCGCAAUCCGAUGUUCGAGGUUUACCACCGGAUACCUCUUAUUGCUAUUCAAAGGGAAGCUCGUGUAACCACCGACUCUCUUGUCAAGUACUGCUGUGUCAAGGUUUCGUUUGGAAAAGGAUUCGGAGAUGCAUACCCAGAGCGUCCUAUCGUAUCACAGUGCCCUGUCUGGUUGGAGCUCAAGAUUAACUCAGCCUUCGACUACAUGGACGCAAUUCUGAACGACCUUGAGAAUCGAUUCCAAGGGUUUCAGAUGCAUGAUUACGCAAAACUCGGUGUCGACGUUUCCCCUGAUUAA